AUGCCUGCCAAGUGGGUGCCUCUUCUGCUGCUCCUGCUGCAGAUGACUUGCUGCUUCAGAUCUGGGAAUUGUGGGAAGGUGUUGGUGUGGCCAAUGGAAUACAGUCACUGGCUGAAUCUAAAGAUUAUACUGGAUGAACUUGCACAGAGGGGUCAUGAAGUAACAGUUCUGAGACCUUCAGCUUCCAUCUUUCUUGAUCCCCAAAAGUCACCUGACCUGAAGUUUGAGAGUUUUCCUACAUCUCUCAGUAAGGAUGAUCUGGAUGAGGCUUUCCGAUGGUUUGUGAAUACAUGGAUUAAUGAGAUACCAAGAGAUUCAUGUUUAUCAUACUCUCCUUUGCUACAGAAUGUGUGUGAAAGAUAUUCUGACAGUUAUCUAAGUCUUUGUAAAGACACAGUUUCAAACAAACAACUGAUGACAAAACUACAGAAAUCCAAGUUUGAUGUCCUUUUAUCGGAUGCCAUUGCUCCCUGUGGGGAGUUGAUAGCUGAACUGCUCCAGAUCCCUUUUCUAUACAGUCUUCGCUUUUCUCCUGGCUAUACAAUGGAAAAGUACAGUGGAGGAUUGCUAGUCCCUCCCUCUUAUGUACCUAUAAUUUUGUCAGGACUAGGGGGUAAAAUGACAUUCAUGGAGAGGGUAAGAAAUAUGAUAUGUAUGCUUUAUUUUGACUUUUGGUUCCAGUUAUUUAAUAAAAAGAAAUGGGAUCAGUUUUACAGUGAAACUUUGGGAAAGCACACUACCUUAGCUGAGACAAUAGGCAAAGCAGAAAUGUGGCUCAUUCGCUCCUACUGGGAUUUGGAGUUUCCUCGCCCAACCUUACCAAAUGUUGACUAUGUAGGAGGACUCCACUGCAAACCUGCUAAACCCUUGCCUAAGGAAAUGGAAGACUUUGUCCAGAGUUCUGGAGAGCAUGGUGUUGUGGUGUUUUCUCUGGGGUCAAUGGUCAGCAACAUGACAGAAGAAAAGGCCAACGCAAUUGCAUGGGCCCUUGCCCAGAUUCCACAAAAGGUUCUUUGGAGAUUUGAUGGCAAAACACCAGACACCUUAGGACCCAAUACAAGAAUCUUUAAAUGGCUCCCCCAGAAUGACCUUCUAGGUCAUCCAAAAACCAAAGCCUUUGUAACUCAUGGUGGAGCUAAUGGCAUCUAUGAGGCAAUUCAUUUUGGAAUCCCUAUGAUUGGCAUUCCUUUGUUUGGAGAACAACAUGAUAACAUUGCCUACAUGGUGGCCAAAGGAGCAGCUGUUGCAUUAAAUUUCAGAACAAUAACAAGGUCCGAUUUGCUCAAUGCACUGGAGGCAGUCAUAGAGAAUCCUUCCUAUAAAGAGAAUGCAAUGUGGUUAUCAACCAUUCACAAUGACCAGCCCAUGAAGCCUCUGGACAGAGCCAUCUUCUGGAUUGAGUUUGUCAUGCGACACAAAGGGGCCAAGCACCUGAGGCCACUUGCAUACAACCUCACCUGGUACCAGUACUACUCUCUGGAUGUGAUUGGAUUCCUACUGGCCUGGGUGGCAGUCAUAACUUUUCUUGUCAUAAAAUCCUGCUUAUUCAUUUAUCAAAAGUUUGUAAAAACAGGAAAGAAAAUGAAGAAUGAGUAG